UUCACUUCAUAUCAAAUUCUGUCUUUCUUUCGCAUCCAAAGAAAUAGUGUGCAUUUUAGCAAUUUCACAGAAAAGUGUUGUGAAGUUCAAAAUGUUGAAAAUUGUGAUUAUUCUUCUCAUUGGUGCAACGUUAAAAGAUGGAGCGAUUGCAGAAAAUGCUAUAAAGACCACAACUUCACCGUUGUACUAUGCAAUUCAGUCUGGUUCGAAAGAAUUAGUCGAAUAUUUGAUCAAAAAGGGUGCUGACGUCGAUGCCGAGACUUCGGAUAAAAAUACACCAAUUCACCUGGCAGCUUCUAUGGGAAAUUUGGAAAUUUGCAAAUUACUCGUCGAAAAUGGAGCCAAUGUUAGUUCUCAAAAUACACUUCUCGUCACACCACUCCAAUGGGCAAUUCAGACUCGUUCAAAAGAGUUGGCCGAAUAUUUGAUCGAAAAAGGUGCCAAUGUCGAUGUUAAAACGAGCCAUGGAUACACAGCACUCUUGUUGGCAGCAUCAACUGGCAAUUUGGAUAUCUGUAAAAGUCUCAUUAAGCACGGAGCUAAUGUUAGCGAUGAAAAUAUUAAUCAAAUGACUGCAUUGCACUUUGCAGCACAUACCGGAUCAAAAGAGUUGGCUGAAUAUUUGAUCGAACAUGAAGCCAAUGUAAAUGCUAAAACUACUGAAAACAACACUCCACUCCUCCUUGCCGCGGCCUUAGGUCAUGUUGAUUUGUGUAAGCUUCUCGUCAAACACGGAGCUGAUGUCAAUGCCGCGAAUUUGGAAAAGAAGACACCACUUAUUUGGGCAAUUCAGACUGGAACCAAAGAAUUACCAGAGUACUUGGUCGAACACGAUGCCAAUGUCAAUGUCAAGACCAUUGACGAAAAUAGUCCUCUGUUAAUUGCUGCUUCUAUGGGCAAUGUUGAGCUAUCCAAAUAUCUCGUUGAACACGGAGCCAAUGUUAGUUCACGAAACAUCAACAAAAUGACUGCAUUGCACUGGGCAAUCCAGACUGGAUCAAAAGAUUUACCUGAAUAUUUGGUGGAGCUCGGAGCUGACGUCAAUGCUGAGACUUCGGAUAAAAAUACACCACUUUUGCUAGCAGCGGCGAUUGACAAUGUUCCAGUAUCGAAAUAUCUCGUCAAACAUGGAGCAAAUGUGAACGCUGAGAAUAAAGAUGGAGUAUAUCCACUUCAAUGGGCCAUUCAGACUGGUUCCACCGAAUUGGCAAAAUUCUUAAUCGACAAUGGAGCUAACAUCAAGUGAAGUGGAUCCAUGAGUCCAUCUAUCUAUCGAUUUUUUUCUUUUUUAAAUUCAAAAUCAUUUAAUUCGAAUAACAAAAAUGUAUUUAGUGUAGUAUCAUCAAUUAUUUAUAUAUAGCAGAAAAAAA